AUGUUUGUCAGAAAGAGAGAUGGCCGCCAAGAGCGUGUUCAGUUUGAUAAGAUCACUGCUCGUGUCUCAAGACUGUGUUACGGUCUCGACAUGAACCACGUUGACCCCGUUGCUAUCACCCAGAAGGUCAUUUCCGGUGUUUACGGCGGUGUCACAACUAUUCAAUUGGACGAUCUUGCUGCAGAAACUGCUGCGUACAUGACUGUUACACACCCUGACUACGCCAUCCUCGCUGCCCGUAUUGCCGUCUCCAACCUUCACAAGCAAACCAAGAAGCAAUGGUCCGCUGUUGUGAGCGACCUCUACCACUGGGUCAACCCCAAGAACGGCCGUGCAUCGCCCAUGAUCUCUAAGGAGACUUAUGAGUGUGUUAUGAGACACAAGGAAGAGCUAGAUAGCGCUAUUGUUUACGACCGAGACUUCCAAUAUAACUUCUUCGGUUUCAAAACAUUGCAAAGGUCCUAUCUAUUGAAUAUUGAUGGCAAAAUUGCUGAGCGUCCUCAGCACAUGAUCAUGCGUGUUGCUGUUGGCAUCUGGGGUGAUGAUAUCGAGCGUGUCUUGGAGACAUACAACUUCAUGUCCAGCAAGUUCUUCACUCAUGCUUCCCCCACACUUUUCAACGCUGGUACCCCUCAGCCUCAGCUGUCCUCAUGCUUCCUUGUUGAUAUGAAGGAGGAUAGCAUUGACGGUAUCUACGACACCCUCAAGACUUGUGCCAUGAUUUCCAAGAUGGCUGGUGGUAUCGGCUUGAACGUUCACCGAAUCCGUGCCACUGGCUCUUACAUUGCCGGUACCAACGGUACUUCCAACGGCGUUGUUCCCAUGCUGCGUGUAUUCAACAACACUGCUCGUUAUGUCGACCAGGGUGGCAACAAACGACCUGGUGCAUUCGCUAUCUACCUUGAGCCCUGGCACGCCGACGUCUUUGAGUUCCUUGAUCUCCGAAAGAACCACGGUAAGGAGGAGGUCCGAGCUCGUGACCUGUUCCUGGCUCUCUGGAUUCCUGAUCUUUUUAUGAAGCGUGUCGAGAAGAACAGCGAAUGGACUCUUAUGUGCCCCAACGAGUGCCCUGGUCUUGCUGACUGUUACGGUGACGAGUUUGAGGCUCUGUACGAGAAGUACGAGAGAGAGGGUAAGGGUCGCAAGUCUAUCAAGGCUCAGAAGCUUUGGUACGCCAUUCUCGAGGCCCAGACAGAAACCGGAAACCCCUUCAUGCUCUACAAGGAUCACUGCAACCGCAAGAGCAACCAAAAGAACCUUGGUACCAUCCGAAGCUCCAACCUGUGCACUGAGAUCAUUGAGUACUGCGCCCCUGAUGAAGUCGCUGUUUGCAAUCUUGCGUCCUUGUCUCUGCCUUCUUUCAUUAACUAUGAAGAUGCUUGCUACGACUUCAAGAAGCUCCACGAUGUUACUCAAGUCGUUGUCCGCAACUUGAACAAGAUCAUCGACGUAAACCACUACCCUGUGCAAGAGGCUCGCAACAGCAACAUGCGUCACCGACCCAUUGGCCUUGGUGUUCAAGGUCUUGCUGAUGCUUUCCUUGCACUUCGCAUGCCCUUUGAGUCUCCUGAGGCUCGUGAGCUGAACAAGCAAAUCUUUGAGACAAUCUACCACGCUGCCCUUACCACCUCUGUGCAGCUCGCCAAGGAGGAGGGCCCCUACUCCACCUUCAAGGGCUCUCCUGCCUCUGAGGGUAUUCUCCAGUUUGACAUGUGGAAUGUCAAGCCCUCUGACCUUUGGGACUGGGAAUCCCUACGGGAGGAUGUAAAGACGCACGGUAUCCGCAACAGUCUACUCGUUGCUCCUAUGCCUACUGCCAGCACGUCGCAGAUUCUUGGCAACAACGAGUGCUUCGAACCCUACACCUCCAACAUCUACCAACGCCGAGUCCUUGCUGGCGAAUUCCAGGUUGUCAAUCCCUGGCUUCUGAAGGAUCUUGUCGACUUGGGUCUCUGGUCCGAUGCUAUGAAGAACCGUAUCAUUGCUGAUAACGGUUCUGUCCAGAACAUCCCCAACAUCCCUGCCGAUGUCAAGGCUCUGUACAAGACUGUGUGGGAGAUUUCUCAGCGACAGGUUGUGCAAAUGGCUGCGGACCGUGGUGCCUUCAUUGAUCAGUCUCAGUCUCUCAACAUUCACAUGAAGGACCCUACCAUGGGUAAGAUCACCAGCAUGCACUUCGCUGGCUGGAAGCUCGGACUCAAGACCGGCAUGUACUACCUCCGUACACAGGCUGCUGCGGCUCCUAUCCAGUUCACUGUCGAUCAGGAAGCUCUCAAGAUUGCCGACACCAGCGCUGCUUCGAUUAAGCCCCUAGGGAAGCGCGCUCCUCCUGCUGGGUCAAGCUAUUCGAUGUCCUCACCUGCUGCUAUGGGUCAGAGUGGCAUCAAUGGCAACAGGACCGGCUCCCAGGACGGUGGGUUAAACGGUAAUUCCGCCAACGGCGUGAAUGGCAGCACAUCUAUUCCUGGUCGUGCCCCCGUCAUCAAGGCUGACGUCGCCGAGGGUGACAGCCCCAAAGCCCUUCCCACUGAGCCUGCUGAAAAGGUCCAGGAGGAAGAGCUUGGAAUGAAGAAGAACACUCAGUCUGAAGACCAGGGUGAGGACAACGAGGAUCGCGAACGCGAUAUCUACUCAGAGGCUGUCUUGCAAUGUAGCAUUGAAGAUCCCGAGUCCUGCAUCAUGUGCAGUGGUUAG